AUUAAAAAUGAAAAAUACAGAGACGCAGUAAUCGAAGAUUUGACGAGAAAGAUUAACAAAACGAGUGGCGUUGCUCUCCUCUGUUCAUCAUCUUCCUCCUUAGCUCGUCUCCUUGUCUAUUUAUAACAACACACAGAGUUCCUCUCCGUCCUUCCACAAAGUCCUCACCUUUAUCUCCCCCUCUCUGCAUUAUCUCUUCUUCACCGUCUCGAAGCUUUCUCAGAAUGGCUGCAAGCACCAAUGGAAGUGCUGACUAUGGAGCCUACACAUACAAGGACCUCUCUCGAGAACUCUACUGGCCUUCUCACAAGCUCAAGAUAUCAAUCACCGGCGCUGGAGGUUUCAUAGCUUCCCACAUUGCUCGCCGUUUGAAGCACGAGGGCCAUUACGUCAUUGCCUCCGACUGGAAGAAGAACGAGCACAUGACUGAAGACAUGUUCUGCGACGAGUUCCACCUCGUUGAUCUCAGGGUCAUGGAGAAUUGCCUCAAGGUUACCGAUGGCGUUGAUCACGUCUUUAACUUGGCUGCUGAUAUGGGCGGCAUGGGUUUCAUCCAGUCCAACCACUCGGUUAUCAUGUAUAACAACACCAUGAUCAGCUUUAAUAUGAUCGAGGCUGCUAGGAUCAAUGGGAUUAAGAGGUUCUUCUAUGCUUCUAGUGCAUGUAUCUAUCCGGAGUUCAAGCAGCUAGAAACUACUAAUGUGAGCCUCAAGGAGUCAGAUGCUUGGCCUGCUGAGCCUCAAGAUGCUUAUGGUUUGGAGAAACUUGCAACGGAGGAGCUGUGCAAGCAUUACAACAAAGAUUUUGGGAUUGAGUGCCGCAUUGGAAGGUUCCAUAACAUUUACGGUCCUUUUGGAACAUGGAAAGGUGGAAGAGAGAAGGCUCCAGCUGCUUUCUGUAGAAAGGCUCUCACCUCCACAGAUAGGUUUGAGAUGUGGGGAGACGGGCUUCAAACUCGCUCUUUCACCUUCAUUGAUGAGUGUGUUGAAGGUGUACUAAGGUUGACAAAAUCAGAUUUCCGUGAGCCGGUGAACAUAGGAAGCGAUGAGAUGGUGAGCAUGAACGCGAUGGCUGAGAUGAUUCUGAGCUUUGAGGAGAAGAAGCUACCGAUUCACCACAUUCCAGGACCAGAAGGUGUUCGUGGCCGUAAUUCAGACAACAAUCUGAUCAAAGAGAAGCUUGGUUGGGCUCCAACAAUGAGACUGAAGGAGGGGCUUAGAAUAACUUACUUCUGGAUAAAGGAACAGAUUGAGAAAGAGAAAGCCAAAGGCAGUGAUGUGUCGCUUUAUGGAUCAUCAAACGUGGUUGGGACUCAAGCACCGGUUCAACUUGGCUCACUCCGUGCUGCUGAUGGAAAAGAGUAAAUGGCUCAAAGCUUAAUAUAUAAUUAAGGUCAGGGAAGUGCUUAAUAUAUACCUCUAAAGUAAGCUUUUUAAGCAGUAAUAAUUGUUUUGGAUUUGAGUGUCCUCUUCUGCUGCUGAUAUUUCUUGUUCAAUUAUUAUUUUUUGGUUGGAAAAACAUUUCCUGUUAAACUAGAUUAUACUAUGUAUUAAGUAUAUAUUAUUGUGGUCCAGAUACAAUAUUAUUGUGGUCCUGAUACAAUAUUUUUCUGUCA